UGGCUAAACUAUGGUUUUGUAUAGAAAUGUAAAAGAGAGAUGAAGCAGUAGUUGGAGUUGGAGCAAGAAUGAAUGUGGCAGUAGCAGCCGAGGUUCAAACGAAGCUAUUAUUUGCAAGAAAAGGAAUACAUUUUCUGCCAAGAAAACACUCAUUAAAUCAUCCCCAUAACAAGAAGAUAUUCUUCAGGUGUAACGCUAGUUAUGGCAGAGAAGAAAUUAGAAAACAGUGCAAAAAAUGGGUAUGGAAAGGGCAAUACUCAAUAAAUUACUUGGUUUCUGAUGAUUCAGAUUCUCAUUUACAGUCUCCUCCUCUUCUUCUCGUUCACGGCUUCGGUGCCUCCAUUCCUCACUGGCGCAGGAACAUUCCUACAUUGGCACAAAACUACACUGUCUAUGCGAUUGACCUUGUCGGAUUUGGCGAUUCGGAUAAGCCAAAGGGUUUUACAUAUACAAUGGAGGCAUGGGCAGAGCUAAUUCUGGAUUUCCUGGAACAAGUUGUUGAGCGACCGGCCGUGCUUAUAGGGAACUCUGUUGGCAGUCUUGCUUGCGUCAUUGCGGCGGCUUCGGCUAGUCAACCUCUAGUUCGAGGGCUCGUGCUGUUGAAUUGUGCCGGUGGCAUGAACAACAAGGCGGUGGUCGAUGAUUGGAGAAUCAAAUUGUUGCUUCCUUUGCUUUUAUUAGUUGAUUUUCUAUUGAACCAACGCCCGAUUGCUUCGUGGAUCUUCGAGCGUGUUAAACAGAGAGAUACACUGAGGAACGUUCUGUUGUCUGUUUACGGAAAUAAGGAGUCUGUGGAUGACGAACUUGUAGAGAUCAUAAGAGGACCUGCAAAUGAUGAAGGAGCACUGGAAGCUUUUGUUUCCAUAGUCACAGGGCCACCGGGGCCAAAUCCAGUGCAGCUCAUGCCAACAAUAUCAUCUAUACCUGUUCUACUUCUAUGGGGUGAUCAAGACCCGUUCACACCGCUCGAUGGUCCUGUCGGUCAAUAUUUCUCUUCUCUGCCUUCUCAGCUCUCAAAUGUAAAUCUUUGUGUAUUGCAAGGUGUUGGACAUUGUCCCCAUGACGACAAUCCCGACUUGGUUCAUGCAAAUUUGCUUCCUUGGUUGUCAGAAAUUAAGAAUGUUAACGCCGCGAGGGAUGUCUGAAGCAUGUAAAUAUGUUAAUGCAUUAGCAGUUUCGAUUAUAAUUUUCGUUCGAGAUAAAUGGGAAGUUCUGCUGAUCAUGUAAGAAAUUUUCUUGGAUACGAUUAGACAGAGCGUUUUAAUCAGUUGAAUAGAGUGAUAUUUUCCUGCUA